AUGGCGGCGUCGGCUAUCCCAAUUAUUGACUUCCAGAAGUACGGACUGAAUGUUACCGACCCCAAGUCCGUGACGAGUGACGUCCUGGAGACCACGGCCAGGGAGAUAUAUGAUGCCUUUAGUACAACAGGCUUUCUGUACCUGAUUAAUCAUGGCAUUGAACAAAGAAAGGUCGAUGCCAUGUUCUCUGUAUCCAACAGUUUCUUUGAUCAACCCGUGGAAGAAAAAAGGAAAUCUGCUCGAGUCCUGGCAGAUCAUGGUAACCAUGGCUGGGUUGCCCUGGAGAGCGAAUCGUUGAAUCCCGAGCGAAAGGUUGGAGAUUUGAAGGAAGCGUUCAACGUUACACCCGGACAUGAUGGGCUGUGGCCGGAGAAUCCUGCGGAAUUUAAGUCCACGUUCGUGUCAUUCUAUGAUGACUGCAGAAACUUGACAGACAGAAUCCUUGAUGUCCUGUCUAUCAGCCUCAAGCUUCAGGAUCGCUAUUACCUGCGUAAGUGUCACAAUCUGAUGGGCAAGAAAGGCGGCGCCACCACACUGAGAAGUCUGUACUACCCCGCUCUGCCUGAAUCCGUAAAGCCAGGUCAAGUUCGCUGUGGAGAACACUCCGACUAUGGGACAAUAACACUGCUGUUCCAGGACGACAUUGGAGGCUUAGAA